AGGAUUUUAAAAUUCUAAAAGACCCAUAUCUUUGCGAUGCUUAACAACAAAAUUGAUCAUUCAUCAUGCAAGAAGUAUAAUCAAAGUCCCAUUGUUCUGCAGUCAAAAAGCUUUCCUUGCAUAGGACUGUAGGAUGUAUUUUGUGCUAAACAGUAAACAUAGAGGCAGGACAUAAAAAAACAUGGCAAGAUUUAAGGAAAUAACGUGAAAAAAUGUGCUUCCUUUUCUUUUGUGAACCAAUAAUUUUUACUUUGUUAAAGAUUCGCCAAAUCAGAUUUAUCUAUGAAAUAAACCCUAAAACUCAAAGAAUCAAAAACAAUCGGCAGAUUCUUGUUACUUAUACUAUAAUUUGUCUUAGUUAAAACGAAUAUGUGUAUAUAAUACGUAGAUACAGCACCGCUAGCGUAGCCCCUCCCCUGGUUUGGCUUCUAACUUGUAACCGGAUGACCUCUAUUUCAAUACGUCACUAAUAUUUACGCAGUAGUGCAUGAAUCAAACAGUCAAUCAAAUAGUUCUGAAGCUCACAAAAUCUGCUGCACAACGACUUGCGAAUUAGAAGAUGCCUCGUAAGCCAUGGUGGGUCUCUGAACAGGACGUUGAAACGCGCAAAGGUGUUGCUUUCUCGUGGUUUAUGCUAUGGACUGUUUUCUACAUAUUCAAUCUCAUCAAUGACGCUGCGACGACUUACAAGGCAGACGAGUUUAUUCCAUCGUCUCGUCCAUGGCUUCAGAGUGUGGCGAUCUUCGGUGUCCUGGUAUUCUCGACUAUUCUCAGUGGUGUAUCUGCAGCAGCUGCAAUAUACCUCAAUUUGUAUAAGCUGUUAAUCCUAGUGCCAUCGUUGGAGUUCCAUUAUCGCUUUUCACCGCAUUGCGGAACCGACACACUCCACACAUUCAACCGAACAUUACCACAGGAAGACCACCAAGUAUUAACAGCUGCGGACCAAAACGUUAUAACCACUGACCAAACCGAUCCGGCGGCGAUGAGGGCUAGCCAGUUCCAGAUGUUGUUACGCAAAUACGAAUCCCUAAUCAUGGCUUCCUGCGGUAUAGCCAUAUUCGAGAACAUCAUACAGACCAUGGUGCUAUUCGCGUUUAUGACGUGUGAGCCCUCAGCCAGGGGAUAUGAGCAGCUUCUUCGUGGGUUCCAAGCCACGUGUUUCGUGAACUUCCUUCUCAUCCUUGGUUGUUCGGUUAUGUACGUGCUCAGCCAUGACUCCUGGGGGUAUGGGUGCAGGUGUGUGUACCCGCGUCAAUGGUGCCGCAAAGUAUUUGGCAUCCAAGCGCUUGCGCAGAUAGUGUUGUCCUUCGUGGGGUGUUUUCUGGUCAUCGUAGCGAUGGCGCGGCCGGCCACGAACUGUCUUCAUGACAAUAGCUAGUUUUAGCUUUAUGGUACGUGACAUAUUUGUAUUGUGCGACGUGCUGAGGAUUUCCCUGGUGCAGAGUAAUGCUACGUUAUCCUUCUGUGGCCUUUGUCACGCAAUGCGCAUGAGCUCAGUAACUAUGAAAGUGGCAAAGACAUGGUUUUGGGACCACCAGUCAGAUGUGUGUGCGCCACUACGGCUAGCGGCAUGUUGGUUGAGGUGAUUCGUAAAUAAGACUUAAUAGAUGGAGACGACUAUAAAGGAUAGAGACGAUGUCUACCUGACAAUAAGAUUCUCUAUUAUCGAAAACAAAUAAUGACCCACACCCUAUCGAGUUUAUUACGAAUACCUAGUACUAAGGAUACUUUUUUCCACAGUGGUUAUAUUUUCCACGUUUCUGGUCCGCCCGCCUACAUAUGUUUCUGAGAAUGGCGGUCAGAAUCGGAACAUUUUCGAGUUUCACUCUUCACAUGAUGCUCAAUUUAUAGAGAAAAGUAAAGAGCAGUGACGAGGCAAAAUUGCGCCAAAAUGAAGAUACCAAUCACUGAGGUAUUUUGUGUACAUAACAUUGUCUUGAGGUGACUGUGGGAUAGAAAUAUAUUUGUAAUCUUUUUAAAGAUUGUUUAAAAACAAUCAACUCAAAUAAAAAUAAUAAAUAAAGCAAAACUGA